GUCCUGAGCAUCCAACCAUGUUGGGCAUCACUGUCCUCGCUGCACUCUUGGCCUGUGCCUCCAGCUGCGGGGUGCCCAGCUUCCCGCCCAGCCUAUCCGCCCGCGUGGUGGGAGGAGAGACUGCCCGGCCCCACAGCUGGCCCUGGCAGAUCUCCCUCCAGUACCUCAAGAACAACACGUGGUGGCACACGUGCGGCGGGACCUUGAUUGCCAGCAACUUUGUCCUCACCGCCGCCCACUGCAUCAGGUCCUCCAGCUGCGGGGUGCCCAGCUUCCCGCCCAGCCUAUCCGCCCGUGUGGUAGGAGGAGAGACUGCCCAGCCCCACAGCUGGCCCUGGCAGGCCUCCCUGCAAUACACCUCCAAUGGCAAUUGGUACCACACCUGCGGAGGGACCCUGAUAACCAACAACUGGGUCCUGACGGCUGCCCACUGCAUCAGCUCCUCCAGGACCUACCGCGUGGUGCUGGGACGGCACAACCUCAACAUUGUGGAGUCCGGCUCGCUGGCCGUCAGUGUCUCUAAGACUGUGGUGCAUCCGAACUGGAACUCCAACCAGGUCUCCAAAGGGUACGACAUUGCCCUGGUCAAACUGGCUGACCCCGUCUCCUUCACCGACAAGAUCCAGCUGGCCUGCCUCCCUCCUGCCGGCGUCACGGGCUGGGGAAGGCUGCGGACCGACGGGCCUGCUUCUGAUGUCCUGCAGCAGGGUCGGUUGCUGGUUGUGGAGUAUGACACCUGCUCCAACCCUGACUGGUGGGGCAGCACCGUGAAAACCAGUAUGAUCUGUGCUGGGGGUGAUGGCGUGACCUCCAGCUGCUACGGAGACUCCGGCGGGCCGCUGAACUGUCAGGCAGCUGAUGGCCGGUGGGAGGUGCAUGGCAUUGUCAGCUUUGGGUCUGGCCUCGGCUGCAACUACUGCCACAAGCCCUCCGUCUUCACACGGGUCUCCAAUUACAUUGACUGGAUCAAUUCG